UCCUGCUGGACACUGCCUGCGUCAUCGCUGGAGAGAAAUGUCUGUUUGUUGGCAGCGAACAGACAGGGAGUGGGACAAUGAUGUACACUAUGCAGUACAAGUGAGGAGCGAUGUAGGCCCUGUCCUCAUAUGUCUGGACUGUGAGGAUAAUGCAACGUAGUCGUGUUGCAGCCCCUCUUUGCUGUCCUUUACCUGGCUUUCGUUUCAACCCCACGGUUUUAGUGCUUGAAUGGCCAUGGGGGAAGAAACUUGCAGAAAGCUUUAAAAUGCGUGGCGAUAUUUAUGCAAUACGAAUUGUGGUUUCACGGUACGGUUAGCGAAAUCACUGGCUAACUGAACUAGCAAUUUGCUAGUGUUCAUUAACUAGCUUUAGCCAGCUACCUAGCUAUAGCAGUUUCAUUAGCUUAUUUUUCCAUGGAUGCCCAAUAAAACCUCGUCUACCCAUGUAACGUGUUGUAACGUUACAUUUUACGUUAAUGUUGUUUGUCACUAACAGACAUCAUCAUGAAUCUGGUUCGCCUGGUGUGUCGACACAAGACAGCCCUGGUGAUUGGGGCGCUGUGCCUCUUCACCGUGGUGCUGGUGUUCCUGGCGAAGUGCACCUCUGAGACCUUAAAGCAGGCCGACUCCCCCGGCCAGGCCCCUCGAGCCGAGCCUCCCGGCGACCGUCCGGACGCCCCCCCUCCUGUCAAAGAACAGUCCGCCUUUUUGGUGGUGCUCAUCACCACGGGACCCAAGUACACGGAGCGCCGCAGCAUCAUCCGCAGCACGUGGCUGUCCCAGCGGGACCCGGAGGUGCUGGCGCUGUUCGUGGUGGGCACGGAGGGUCUGGCCCCCGAGGAGGUGCAGAGCCUGGGCACGGAGCAGAAGCGCCACCGCGACCUGCUGCUGCUGCCUGAGCUGCGCGACUCCUACGACAACCUCACCGCCAAGCUGCUGCACAUGUACUCCUGGCUGGACCGCAGCGUGGACUUCCGCUUCGUGCUGAAGGCCGACGAUGACACGUUCGCCCGGCUGGACCUGCUGAAGGAGGAGCUGAAGGCGCGUGAGCCCGCCGGCGCCGAGCGGCUGUACUGGGGUUUCUUCUCGGGCCGCGGCCGGGUCAAGACGUUGGGGAAGUGGAGGGAGAGCGCCUGGGAGCUGUGCGACUACUACCUGCCCUACGCACUGGGCGGAGGCUACGUACUCUCGGCCGACCUGGUGCACUACGUGCGCCUCAACGUCGCCUUCCUGAAGACGUGGCAGAGCGAGGACGUUUCGCUAGGCGCCUGGCUCGCGCCCGUGGACGUGAAGCGGGUCCACGACCCGCGCUUCGACACCGAGUACAAGUCGCGCGGCUGCAGCAACAAGUACCUGGUGACGCACAAGCAGAGCCUGGAGGACAUGCUGGAGAAGCACCAGACGCUGCAGAGGGACGGGCAUCUGUGCAAGGAGGAGGUCAAGCUGCGCCUGUCCUACAUCUACGACUGGAGCGUGCCACCCUCACAGUGCUGCCAGCGCAAGGAUGGCAUCCCCUGACUGGAGCGUGCCACCCUCACAGUGCUGCCAGCGCAAGGAUGGCAUCCCCUGACCUCGCCCCCUUCACCCCUGUGUCGACUCGUUCAUGUUGUCGUGUUUGUUAUUUAUUUAUUUAUUUGUGCCGGUCGUGUGGGCUUGAUCCUGCAGUGGUGUGUGUGUGUGUGUGUGUGUGUGUGUGUGUGUCUCUGCUGCCCUUGAAUGUGGGAGAUGUCAUGGGAGGCUUUGGGGUCAGUGGAUCUCUGAGUUUGAUGGUGUGAUUAAAUAUACAGGAAGAUCUUUGAACACUCAUAGCACAGCCAUAAUCACCCCCCUGAGCCCCUUGAGAGGGUUGGUGUGGGUUGGUGACACCUGGUGGUUGUCGGGAGGAGGACAGGCCAAAUGUUGCUUCUCAGAUAUAAAGGCAAAUCACUACUGGUUACCAAAGCACAGUGCUGCAUCAUCAUCAUCACCACCAUCAUCAACCAUGAGCAUCCAACAGUAUAAAAAGUUGGAAUGAUUAUUUUUGCUGUGGGGUUUAGUCUGUGAGGUUUGGCUUUCCCCUUCCUAAGGAUGAGGGAGUUCACCCAUUUUUCCUCCCCACCGGGGGGAUGUUCCUAGAACAGGCUUUAGAGACACACCUGUCAAAGCAAAGUCCGUGCUAAACCUCGUGCUGGGAACACCCCCCCCUCCCCCCGAUUCACAAGAGGUGGCGUUUACCUCCCUCUCCUUCACACCUGCCUUAGGUCUGCUGUGAGAUGUGUCAUGUCUCUGUGUGUGUGUGAGUGUUGUGUUUACAAAGACCCUUCAUGCUCUAAAAAGCACACUAGCCUACUGUGUUUUGAACUCCUUUUUCUUUCUCUCUGAAAUAAAAGCACAAGCUGGACCUGGGGCCUAUGAGAGGGCUGAAUGGUGGGGCCCCGGGGCCUAUGAGAGGGCUGAAUGGUGGGGCCCCGGGGCCUAUGAGAGGGCUGAAUGGCGGGGCCUAUGAGAGGGCUGAAUGGUGGGGCCUAUGAGAGGGCUGAAUGGUGGGGCCUAUGAGAGGGCUGAAUGGUGGGGCCUAUGAGAGGGCUGAAUGGCGGGGCCUAUGAGAGGGCUGAAUGGUGGGGCCUAUGAGAGGGCUGAAUGGUGGGGCCUAUGAGAGGGCUGAAUGGUGGGGCCUAUGAGAGGGCUGAAUGGUGGGGCCCUGCUGUAUGAGAGCAUAAGCACCCCAGACAUACCCGUCACUAACCUCGUUCUUCACCAAAGGAAUCUACAUAAAGUCAUGAGACACCCUGACACAGCAUCCCCCACUGUCACCACAAGCUUGACACAGAUUGACACUUGAUCACUUUAAUACUGUCAUUCUGCAAACACAUAGGAGUGGUUUUAGAGCAUAUAUGACCUUUAGGAGUUUGACACAGACCUCAGUUCAGAUCAGAUUCUUUGACCUUUAGCUGUCCAUUGAUUUCUGUGGGAUGUAUGUCUUUGAAAUGGAAUUAUGCAAAAGCUGCGUAACCAGUUGCCUGAUAAGGUUGUGUACGAAUGUGUCCUUGAAUAUUUUACAGAUUAUUAAAAUGUUUGUUUUUUUGGUUAA